AUGUAUAUAUAUAUAUUUAUAAUACAACUACAAUGCUUCGCUCAACAGUAUUUAUAUGACUGGCAAUGACAAUGAUCUCGCUCAUUUUGAUAAUGAUUUUGCCUUUGGGGUAACAUAUUUCACCGCCCUUAUUGUUUCACAAAGUACUUGUAAUACGUACGUCAAAGCCGGCUUAGCUUUCAGUGUAUUUGGCAACCGUUGAGAUUGACAGAGGUCACAAAGUAACUUGGUCAAUGUAACUUCAAGUUUUUCUACGAGUAAACCAAAAAAUUGCUGCUUUGGUUUUGUUCACUGUAUUCAAGGCUUGCUGCUGUACAUGUUAAAUACGUUUGGUGUCAUCAUGAAGGUUUCGAGAAAAUACAUGGCCAUUGUUCUCUUGGUCCUUUACUUAGGAAGUCUGUCAUUUGCUGAAUCAGCAUAUCUUCGAGCGGUUUUCGAUAUGAAUUACGUGAAAGGAGAAGUAAGAUUUUAUCAAGAAGCAAAUAAUACUGCUCGAAUCUCUCCCAACUUAACUGGUAUCCAGUCACCACUAUCCUGGAAGAUCCACAAAUAUUCCAUGGUAUACCGAGGCAACAGCAUGCGCAGUUGUAGUCUUAGCAACAUUGGCCCGAUUUUCCAUGCAGGUGGGAAUAUGUCAAGGAUUUGUGCUGUUGGGGAUCGGAAUUGUACACAUGAAAACUCAUCCACUAGUGAUCUUUUUGAUCCACAGCUACGCUUGAAUGGUUUACACAGUAUUUUUGGUCGAUCACUUGUUCUUUACGUAAAUGGCUCUAUGCCUUGGGCAUGCGCAUUGAUCGAUUACAAUUACGUAGUCACAGCAGUGACGACAUUCCGUAGUCCUGUCUCUGGGAUUACGGGAACCGUACGCCUCCGUCAACCUCGGGAUCAUCCGAACUUAGAUACAAGCGUUGAAGUCGACCUAUUCUAUUCGAACGAUAUAAAAAUGGCAACCUUUAACUGGACGGUGGAGCUUGCAAAUAGCACCCUGCCGCAGGAUGGAAGACCUUCAUUCGAAGCCUCGUCUUGUGAAAUAUCCACCAAAAAGAUAAUAGCCGAAAAUGUCGAAGUUUCUUUGGCCACUCCUUAUCCAUCUCCCCAAAAACUCCAUUUUAGUACAAGCGGUCUUCCACUAACUGGAUCCUUGUCCAUAAUCGGCCAAACCAUAGUUUUAAAACAACAUGGCAAACCUGUAGUCUGCGGCUCGAUUGUUGAAGUUCUUCCGAUAGAAGGUGAAGCAGUUUUUGAUGUAAUGGGUGUCAACGGAUCAAUGCAUUUCAAGCAGGAUUCCGAGCUUGCACCAACUGUUGUCACCGUCAAUCUGAAAGGACUUCAAGGCAAUGGUUAUUCCUAUCAUGUUCAUGUGUACAGAGUGCUCUAUAUGGCAAUCAAACGUCGUGAGAAUUAUUUAGGAAUGUGUGCCAACGGUUUUGUUGGUGGACAUUGGAAACCCUAUAUGACUAAGUCAGCAAAACCUGGUAACGGUACUGUUGACAAGUAUGAAGUUGGUGAUCUAAGUGGAAAGUAUGGUUUGAUCGGUGGAAAGAAUACAGUUUCAUUUUCUCGUAAAGAUUACAAUUUACCGCUGUUUGGAAGGAACAGCAUAAUGUUCCGUUCAAUUGUGAUACAUUACGAAAACAGCACACGAUGGUUGUGUGCUAAUAUCAACCCAAAAAACGCCACCUUUCUCUUUAAAGUCAGAUCUAAUUUUGUUGGACCCGAAUUCAAUGGCAGUAUUGAUGUGGAACAAGCAAGUUUUCUAAAAAUGUAUGGGGCAAGUCACAUAACUUCAUUCUUUAUAGAUUUAUGGAAUCUCAACAGAACCUACGAAACUCGCAACCACAAUUGGCAUAUACAUGCUAAAGAUAUCGUUCGUGAUCAAUUGAACAAAACUGGAAAAAGAUGCUUGUCUGCUGGAGGGCAUUAUAACCCUUAUAAAGUUAGCCUAAAGGCAAAUUACUCCGAAACCUGUGGACCAAUGAAUCUUUUACGUUGUGAAUUGGGCGAUACUUCGAGCAAAAUUGGAAAAUACACCAUUGGUGCUGGCAAAAAUCGUUUAACGGAAUCAGAAAAUUAUUUUGCCUCGGUUAACACAAUUCUUGGGCGCUCUAUCGUAGUUCAUGCUGAAGACAGUGGUGCUCCUCGUGUCGGCUGCGCUAAUAUGAAACCAAUCAGUAACAGUUUCGUUAGAAAGGAAUUAGUCUUUCGAAAGAACUCUACAAAAAACAACCUGGCAAAAUUAUUAGCAUCUGAAUUAGGGAUUCAUCGAUGGCGAGUUGUGCAAGAAGGGAAAAUAGUAGACUACAUGGACAGAUGUCAAAAAGCAAGCAUCAUCUUCAUUGAUAGUGUUUAUUCUGACCUUGGAAAACGCUUUGAAGAUUUGAAGAGUAAUUGGUCCAGUAGUCCAAUCGAGUUCAUGCCUAAGAGACAAUGUAGUUCCACACCUGUUACAUCAGAAACUCCGACACCAUCACCAACUCGUGCAUCACCAACUCGUGCAUCACCAACUCGUGCAACACCAACUACAUCAUCAGGCAAUGCCAUUAACCAUCGAUGGACGACUUUGAUUUUGAUUAUUAGUCUUCUACUACCACGCACUUUCUGGUGAAGAAAUGCAAGAGUUUCAUUAGAAAUACCUACGUUGAUAUUUAUUUUAUAUAUAUGCAGUAUAGUUAGGAAUGUAAAGUUAUAAUAAGUGCACUUUUUAAAAGAAUCUCAGCUUACGUCACAUAUAAUAUAAUUCGCACAAGUGGCUGAUUACUGGUUACGGGGCCUGUAGUAGUCUAAGAUGAAUUGCAGACGUUAAUUUCAAAAAUUAUCGAGUCAUGGGGAAUGGGAAAGCAUGAGCACCAUAAGCUCGACAUAGAGCAUUUAACAGUAGAUAGCACAAUAGUCAUUUUUGAGAAUAUUCAAUGGCACAAUAAGCAUUAAAAACGAGUGUAAUAAUAUUCGUUUUUCCAGUCAUAACAAUUGCAAAUAUUUAAACAUGUCCUCAAAAUAUAAAUAUUAUAAAACUA